CAAUAAACGCAGAAAAAAACAUGGCGGCGUCCCCCCCUAUUACGCUGUUGCUGUGUCAUAAUCGCAUGUGAUUCGAACUGUCAGCGCAACUUAUCGAUGAUAUUUUCGCCUUUGUUUCUGUAUCUCAGGCUGCGCUGGCUGCGCGUCGCGAAACAUUCCAGUAAAUGAUGUAAUUGGCAAAACCUGAUUCCAUAACGAUGUCAAAAUUGAAUGGACUGCUCUUUCUUUGCACUUUAUCGGCUAUUACUUCAGCUGUUUUGACAGUCACUCCCUUCACUUGUGAAGUACCUGAACAUAACAUAAGCUUUAUAUAUAAUUUAACGAAGUUGUCAUCGGACAAGCAGGACAUUAUCAUUGAUCAUGAUCACGAAAUGAUACGUAUGCAGCUGUGUACUAAGUUAAUUAAAAAAUGCAACAACCAAGAUGGCUACGCAAUAUGUCUAAUAAAAAACAACACAGAAAAGGGAAUAGGAAGGUUUCCUCCAGUAAUAGAUAAUGGACAGGGAAGAAUUUCGUUUAACUUCACUGGCGAUACUUGUCUACCGGGAAUCAAUUAUACGGUGACAGUUAUUAUGCAUUGUAAUUAUAACGCAGAAAAUAAUUCAUAUCCUGAAUUAUUUACGCAUGGUGACCAACAGUGUGACUUAUACAUUGUAUGGAUGACAGCUUUAGCCUGCUUACCUAGAACCCAAACAAAUUGUACAAUAGCUAACGCUGGACGUUACUAUGAUCUGAGCCUUUUAACAAGAGCUUCAGAAAAUUACGUUAUUCCUAUAAAAAAUGGAACAAAGUCACCUAAGAUAAUGUUAAAUGUCUGCCAAUCUAUAGUCCAACAUGGUGCAUUGUGUCCAAUUAAAUCUGGAGCCUGCUUGGAUGAUCCUGAAAAAUCUAAUAGAUAUUCAAGUCUAGGAGAAGUACAAAACCCCCCUUCUUUUAUGAAUGGAAUAUUGCAAAUAGAAUAUCAGGAUGGUGCGAUAUGCACAGAAAAUAUUACAACUUCUCAUAUUAAAACAACCAUCACGUUUAUAUGUAAUUUGGAAGCUAAGGGUCCCCCAGAAUACAUUCGUGGGAGAGAAGAUUGCCAUUAUCAAUUAAUAUGGUCUACUGCUGCAGCGUGCGAUGUCGAGACUCUUCGUAAUUAUAGUGCUGAAAGAGCAGGCAAAUGCAACGUUACGAAUCCAGUCACAAAUUUUACAUAUGACUUGCAUACAUUAAUGAACAGAGACUUUAAUGUUACAAGUACAAGUGGUGUAAAAUACAAAUUCAGAGUUUGCAGUGCACUUACAGAUAAUACAUGUGAAAAUAAGACAGGAAUAUGUAAUUUAAAGAAUGGUACGUCGUUAGGACAAGCUAACGCAAAUCUAACGUGGCAGCAAGGUGGCCCUUACUUAAAUUAUACCAAUGGGGAUUUAUGUGAAAAAGGAAUGCGUCAUCAUACACUUAUUGCUUUUUUUUGUGAGUCGCAAGGAUCGCCCAGUCGGCCGUUGUUCGUGAAAGAAUCUCCUUGUCAGACCAUCAUACACUGGAAUACAGAUUUAGCUUGUGAGAAAAAAAUUAAAUGCGCUACCGAUAAUAACGAUGAAAUCAAUUUAACGCCUCUUAUACAAUCUACAAACAAUUAUGUCAUAAAAGCCAACGAUACGGAAUUUCACAUAAAUAUAUGCCGACCGUUAGUUCCUACUCAAGGUCUUACAUGUGCACAUGGUAGUGCUGCUUGUAAAGUUUCGGUAACUUCAAAGAAUGAAUAUACUAAUGAAAUCAGUUUAGGAUUUCCUGAGGACAGUCCAACGUUAAAUAAAGAUCUACGAACGGUAUUACGUUACAUCAAUGGGUCACAAUGUCCCGAGAAUCCAGCUAAAACGAUAUCUUCGAAUUUCACAUUUAUUUGCGAUAACAACAAUCAGGGACUUCCAGUAUAUAAACAAUAUGUCGAUUGUACGUACGUAUUUGAAUGGAAUACUAGUAUAGCAUGCGGUGCCGUGAUGGGAGGUUGGACGGCACCAUGUAUUAUAAAGGAUAGUUUCCUUUCGUAUGAAUACGAUCUUUCUUUGUUGUACAAGAAACAACAGAUAUAUUACGUAAAAAGCGCAACAAGCAAACCAGGCAAGGAGUAUGCUUUAAAUAUUUGUGGUGGAGAGAAAUAUUGCAGUGGCUCUGCCGUAUGUCACAAAGGCAACGGUUACGGAUCGCUGGCAAGUGUGAUUUUUGAUUAUAGCCGUGACGACGUAAAACUUAAAUAUUCAAAUGGCAGUAAAUGUAACAACAAUUCUUACACGUCCGAAGUAAGAUUUAUAUGUAACGAAUCCAUGGGUGUCGGUGCACCGAAAGUGCUGUUGGAAUCGAAUUGCAGCGCGGAAUUUGAGUGGCACACCGAAGUGAUCUGCGUGGAACAUGCUAUCUCUCGGAAUGCAUCUCGGGAAAAUGCAUCGUCCUCCAGGAUUCUCUUGGAACAAUUUUCUCCUAGUCACGCUGGAGCGGUAGCUGGCGUAGUAUUAACUGUGAUCGCGGUGUUAGCCGCUUUAAUUUUUUUCCGAAGUCCGGUAGAAAGAGCGUGCUGUCAGUCCUGGACAAACCUGCUUGGUUUCAGAAGAGGCUCGGGUCGUGUCCAAUAUUGUAGAGUCGAUACCACUGAGGAAGCCAGACUUUUGCUCGACGCUUCCGAUCCUACGCAGUGUCAAUCGGAUAGCGACGACGAUCUUCUACCCGCAUAACGAUGUGAUUAUUAUUAUUAUUAUUUCUGUUCUAGAUUGUAGAUUGUCUAAUUAUUAGGCAGUAUGUUAUUUUGAAUAUUUCUAUAUAUAAAUUAUCGAAUAAAGCAUUUUAAAAACUCUGUGAGACGGAACUAGAUAUAUUACAUCGAUAAAUUAUUUUA